GUCGCUUCCAACUUCUUUCAGUUUCCAACGUUCAGCCGUGUGUGAAAAUGGAGGGUACUCUUCUUCUGAGCACAACAUGUGUUUCAAGUUCUCUCAAGCCACAGCAUCUUUCUUUUUCCUCCCAUCAACCCCAGUCACAGAGUCGAGCCCUGGCACGCAAGAUAAUCCGGAAAUGGAAGCAGGAAGAGUGUUUUGAUGGCAAGGAUAUUUACGUAGAUUGUGUGCCGCUAAUACGAAGUUUAAGUAGACAAAAGAUGCCUCAUGUAGCCCAGGAGCUUUUACUUGAAAUGAAAUCCGAUGGUCUUUUGCCUAGCAACUCCACUCUAUCUGCUUUGAUGCUAUGCCAUGCGAACAAUGGUCUUUUUCCUCAAGCUGAGGCAAUUUGGGACGAAAUGUUACAUAGUUCUUUUGUGCCUAGUAUUCAGGUUGUUUCCGAGUUAUUUGAUGCUUAUGGCAAUGUGGGAUGUUUUGAAAAAGUGAAUGAAAUUUUGGCUCAGAUAAGGUCGAGGAAUUUAAGUUUGUUUCCAGAGGUUUACUCACUGGCUAUCUCUUGCUUUGGGAAAGGGGGGCAGCUUGAAUUGAUGGAAGGUACAUUGAAAGAAAUGAUUUCAAGGGGUUUCCCGUUGGACUCUGCCACUGGUAAUGCCUUUAUUAGAUACUAUAGCAUUUUUGGUUCUCUGACUGAGAUGGAGACCGCUUAUGGCCGCCUUAAGAGGUCUAGGUUUCUUAUAGAGGAAGAGGGAAUCCGGGCAAUGUCAUUUGCGUAUCUGAAGAAAAGGAAGUUUUACAGAUUAGCUGAGCUCCUGAAGAAUGUUGGUCUAGGUAGAAGAAACUUGGGAAAUCUUUCAUGGAACCUUUUGUUGUUAUCCUAUGCUGCCGAUUUUAAGAUGAAAAGCUUACAAAGAGAAUUUCUGAGAAUGGUGGAAGCUGGUUUCCACCCUGAUCUUACCACAUUUAAUAUUCGUGCUCUGGCCUUUUCUAGGAUGUCUCUACUCUGGGAUCUCCAUCUGAGCCUUGAACACAUGAAACAUGAGAAAGUUGUUCCUGAUCUUGUGACUUGUGGUUGUGUUGUUGAUGCAUACUUAGAGAGAAGACUAGGAAAAAAUAUGUAUUUUGCUCUCAAUAAAAUGAAUUUGGAUGAUUCUCCACUCAUAUUAACAGAUCCAUUUGUGUUUGAAGUUUUGGGAAAAGGAGACUUUCAUGCAAGCUCAGAGGCAUUUUUGGAGUUCCAGAGUCAGAGGGAAUGGACUUAUAGGAGGUUAAUUUCAGUAUAUUUGAAAAAGCAAUAUAGGAAGAACCAGAUCUUUUGGAAUUACUGACCAGUGACCUGCACUUCGUGUAAAGACAUGUUUGACCGAUUGUUAGAGAAGGAUUGUCACUGACAAUAGCAUGUCUAUCAGUUACAGUUCUAAUUCUAUUGGUUCGACAAGUGCAUGUAUGUAUACAAGAUGAUAAUUGCAUCGCCCUAUAUUGUGCAUGGGUAUGUCUCUGCACUUUCUUCUUAUGUUCAUUCUGGAUAACAGAAAUUUUCCUGAUCUCCAGGGUCUUAUUUAGGCUCCCCUUUUUCAAGCUGAAAUGAAGUUGGAUAUUGGUGAUGGAUAACGUGCCAAUAUGAUGCUAGAGAUGCUAAUCUGAACGUACCAAAUUUGCAACGAAAUGCUACGUUCACUCAGACUCAAAGUACACUCAGAGGAGUAAGAAAUAAACGUUUCUGGCAUUGUGCACCGACGCUCAGAUUUUAUGUCCACUGAAUGGACAAUUGGACUGGAGCUGGAACUCUUAGACCAUACUCUUGAGUUUGGAUAAAUGUUUGUGUUAGAAAAUAAAGUAACUGUUGGUCACAACCUUAUAGUUUAAGCUUUUGAGGAGUGUGAUAACCAGCAAACUCUUUCAUGGUAUCAGAGCAUGAUAUUUGAAGUAUAACUCCUGUAAAAAAAACAAAAUGCCACUCGUGUAUUGCAAAA